UUAGAUUAUUGCAUGUAAUGUUACAUUGUAGAAGAAGAUUAUCUUAUUUGGAUUCUCAAUAUUCUAAUCAUCCCUUAAUUUUACAUCCUCAAAUAGUAUCAACAAAUGCAAGAAACUUGCGACACACAGAUAAAUGAAGUUGCCACCAUCAGUGGCUAUCAAAUGGUGCCUAAAAAUGACGAAGAAGCAUUGCUUAAGGCUGUCGCGAAUCAACCGGUCUCGGUUGCACUUGAAGGCUAUGGACGAGACUUUCAGUUAUACGAUGGUGGAGUGUUUACAGGAGAUUGUGGAAAUUCUCUCACCCAUGCAGUCACCAUUGUUGGAUAUGGGACAAGUAAAAAAGGUUUAAACUAUUGGCUGAUUAAGAAUUCAUGGGGACAAAGAUGGGGUGAAAAUGGGCAUAUGAAGAUUCAAAGGAAUGUGGAAAGGCAAGGUGGCUUAUGUGGUAUCGCCAUGAAAGCUUCGUAUCCAACUGCAUAAGUUCAUAUUACUACAAUUAGUUAGCCGUGUCAAAUGGUCUAAGAUAUAUGUUGUACUCGUGUUUUUCUUCCUUUCAUUCGGUGUUGAUGUUUGUGGUUUGUUUGGAACUAUGAGUCCUGCACUCUUGCCAACCUUUUAUCUAUAUAAUGAAUAAAUCGUAUCACCUUCGAUCUUUUCUGC